CACAGAAUCCACAGCACCAGAACCUGGAUCUGUCUUCAUCAACAUCAACCUCAUUCCCUCCUUUCCGUUAAGAUUCCGUUCCGUUCUCCCAUCGCCAGUAGGAAAGAACUACGUACGAGCCCAGCCCUAAUAUUCAACCUCCAAACCUACAUAGCUAACUAACAACGGCUGUUUCUUGCACCGUACGUAGUUUUGCUGGCGGAGGUGUACGUGGGCUGAUCGAACGGCGGUCUAAGGGAAGAAUAGAGAUCCUACCUACCUACCGAUUCAAAUCUAGGACAAAGCACAAAUAAGAGUGAAUCAAUGGACGCACCUUUGGCUUUCGGUGUCAAAACUACACUACUAGUGCCGUCGCACCGUCAACCAACUGAUGGAGCUUACAAACUGCCUGCCGCAGCCUUGGCGCCCUACUCCCACUGCUUCUUGAAGUCGCAACACCCUCCCAAAUUGCGGAGCAGAAGUACCCGCUGCAGGGAACUCCAUGCAGCUUAUCCGCAACAACGUCGAUCGGGGAACUACGGUCCAAACAUCUGGGAGUCCCAUGAUUAUUCCCACCCGCCAAAUCGGGACAACACUACCCUUUAUUGGCAGGAAGAAGAAGCGGAGGAGCUGAAGAAGGAUGUCAAACAGAAAGUGCUACGGUUCAUCACUGCUACUGGAGGUGACGACGACGACGACGAGACUGUGGCACGUCGUGUCCUCGAGACGAUCGACACUGUACAGAAACUGGGACUUGCUUACUAUUUCGAGACCGAGAUUCAGGACGCUCUGGAAAAAAAGAUCGCCACUACUUCUACCUGCAGAGACGACCUCCACUUUUCGGCCCUACGUUUCAGGCUGCUUCGACAAGCUGGAAUCUGGAUAUCUCCUGAUACUUUCCAAGGAUUUCUAGACCAGGGAGGGAAGUUUAGGCAAGAGAUCAUCGGUGGUGAUGCGAGAGCCCUGCUGAGCUUGUACGAGGCUUCGUAUCUUAGCGUGCCUGGUGAAACUCUGCUCGACGAAGCCAAGAGCUUUGCUAGGAGCCAUCUGCAGUCCAUCAUUGCAGCUGCUGAUGAUAAGGUCAUCGGUCCCAUGCUGGCCAACCAAGUGAAGCGCACAUUGGAGCUUCCAUCCCACUGGAGGCUUCAGCGCUCUCAAGUUAGGUGGCACAUCGAGCAAUAUUGCAAUCAGUACAGCGAAGAAAUAAUGGAUCCAGCCUUGCUCCGAUUCGCGAUGCUCGACUAUAACACGGUCCAGUUUCUCUACCACAGCGAGUUGGACGAGCUCAACAGGUGGUGGAAAUAUGAGUUGGCCAUACCGGAGAAGCUGCCGUUUGCACGUGAUCGUUUGACGGAGAGCUUCCUAUGGGCAGUUGGGUUGGCCCAAGAGCCUCAUUUCAGCUACUGUAGAAAGACGAUGUCGAAGCUUGUAUGCAUCGUUAAUGUCGUCGAUGAUGUCUAUGAUAUUUACGCUUCUCUGGAUGAACUCCACCUCUUCACUGCCGCCAUACAAAGGUGGGACCCAUCUAAAAUCGAUACGCUUCCCGUAUACAUGCAAACAUGCUUCAUGGCGGUCUACAAUACAACUAAUGAACUAGCCGACCACAACAUAAUGCAACAAGGUUUCAACAGCUUGCCUUUCCUUAAACAAGCGUGGCAAGAACAAUGCAAGCUGUACCUGGAAGAAGCCGAGGCUUUCCAUACUGUUGGAUUUGAGGAAACCUUUGAGCAAUACUUGGAACGUGGGUGGAAGUCGGUAGCAACAAGUAUUGUGUUGGUUUACACUUAUGCCGCUUCUGGGGCCAAUCUUGGGACACAGAGUUUUGAAUACUUACUUAAUUAUCCAAAAUUCACUCGCUGGGUAUCCACCGCUAACCGUCUCAUAAAUGAUCUCGCAACCUCCAAGGCGGAACUUGGAAGAGGGGAUAUUCUCAAAUCAGUAGAAUCUUACAUGAAAGAGAAUGAUGUUUCAGAAAAAGAAGCCCGCCUGAACAUAGAGAAGCAAAUUGGUGAAACAUGGAUGAAAAUCAACGAAGAGGCUAUGGCCAAUUAUGGUGACAUGAAAAUGUAUGUCAAUCUUGGCCUCAACCUUGCUCGUGGGUUCCGAUUCAUGUAUCAGUAUGGUGAUGGGAACGGAAUGCCUACUCCAAUGGACAAAGAUCGAGCCAUGGCAUUGAUUUGGCACCCUUUCACAAUCAAAGAGACGGAGGAAACUACCGCGGUUUGAUCGCUCAUUUUUAUCAAAAUAAAAUAAAUUUGGUGCAAUUUCUACAAUAAAUCACGUUUUAGUCUUUGUUGGGUCUAGUACGGUCGAAUAGUCCGCAUUUGAUUUUUCUGUCUGAAAACAUAUCGCGUUGGAGAGUAGUUUCUCGUAGUUGUAGGAUUCUGGGUUUGAGUUUUAAUUUGGAUUUUUGUCUUUUUGGUGAUCCCAUCAAUUCUGUUGGCGGUUUAAUUGUCGGUUGGUCUCCCGAAAUUAAUGUGUCGAUGCUUUGUAAUUCAUCAUUUUUAUUUCCGUUGCUAUCAAUAAUAAUGAUUAUCAGUAUGU